AUGUCAACUGAAGCUACCACUACUACCAGUGCUGCUUGUGCCCAUGCCUGUUCCUUUACUAGGGAAAAAUUAGAACAAGUUUUAAAGAGAAGAUUCUUUUAUGCCCCUGCUUUUGAAAUCUACGGUGGUGUUGCCGGUUUAUUCGAUUUCGGUCCUCCAGGUUGUGCUUUCCAAAACAACAUUGUUGAUGCUUGGAGAAAACAUUUCAUCUUAGAAGAAGACAUGUUGGAAGUUGAAGCUACCAUGUUGACUCCUCAUGAUGUUUUAAAAACUUCUGGUCACGUUGACAGAUUCUCUGAUUGGAUGUGUAGAGAUUUAAAAACUGGUGAAAUCUUUAGAGCUGAUCAUUUAGUUGAAGAAGUUUUAGAAUCAAGAUUAAAAGGUGACAAAGCCGCCAGAGGUAUUGAACAUAAAGAAGAAGAAAGUGAUGAAAAGAAAAAGAGAAAGAAGAAAGUUAAGGAAAUUGUCCUUGUCAAAUUAGAUGAUGACGUUGUUGAAGAAUAUGAAAGCAUCUUAGCCAAAAUUGAUGGUUAUAGUGGUCCAGAAUUGGGAGAAAUCAUCGAAAAACACAACAUCGUCAACCCAGUCGGUGGUACUAAAUUAGAACCACCAGUUCCAUUCAACUUGAUGUUUGAUACUGCAAUUGGUGCUUCAGGUAACUUGAAAGGUUUCUUAAGACCUGAAACUGCUCAAGGUCAAUUCUUGAACUUUAACAAAUUAUUAGAUUUCAAUAAUGGUCGUAUGCCAUUCGCUUCUGCUUCUAUUGGUAAAUCUUUCAGAAAUGAAAUUGCCCCAAGAGCAGGUUUAUUAAGAGUUCGUGAAUUCUUAAUGGCUGAAAUUGAACAUUAUGUUGAUCCACUUGAUAAAUCUCAUCCAAAAUUCAAAGAUGUUAAACAUAUCAAAUUAAACUUCUUACCAAAGGAUAUCCAAGAAGCAGGUCAUGCUCACGUUAUUGAAUCCACAAUUGGUGAAGCUGUUGCUUCCGGUAUGGUUGACAAUGAAACUUUGGGUUAUUUCCUUGCUAGAGUUUUCUUAUUCUUAACCAAAGUUGGUGUCAACCCAAACAGAAUGAGAUUUAGACAACACAUGUCUAAUGAAAUGGCCCAUUAUGCUUCUGAUUGUUGGGAUGCAGAAUUAGAAACCUCAUAUGGUUGGAUUGAAUGUGUUGGUUGUGCUGAUAGAUCUGCUUAUGAUUUAACUGUCCACUCUCAAAGAACUAACCAAAAAUUAAAUGUUCAACAAACUUUAGAUGAACCAAUCACUACCGAAGACUUUGAAGCUACUCUUGCUAUGAAGAAAUUCGGUCCAAGAUUUAGAAAGGAUGCUGGUAAAGUUCAAAAUUUCUUACUUACCAGAACUCAAUGUGAAUAUGAAGAUUUAGCCAAAGAAUUAAAUGACACUGGUAAGAUUGUCAUUCAAGUCCCAGAAAUUCAAGAUAAGAUUGAAUUAGACUCUGAAUAUAUCAAGAUUGAAAGAGUCAAGAGAACCACACACGUUAGAGAAUAUACCCCUAAUGUCAUUGAACCAUCAUUCGGUAUUGGUCGUAUUGUCUACUCUAUUCUCGAACAUCAAUUCUGGACUAGAGAAGGUGACGAAGACAGAGGUGUCCUCUCUCUUCCACCAAUUGUGGCCCCAACUAAGGUCUUAUUAGUUCCGUUAUCAAACAAUCCCGAACUUCAACCAAUUGUCAAGAAUGUGUCUGAUUUCUUAAGAAAACAACAAAUUCCAUUCAAGGUUGAUGAUUCCUCUGCUUCUAUUGGUAAGAGAUAUGCUAGAAAUGAUGAAUUGGGUACUCCAUUCGGUAUUACUAUCGAUUUCGACUCUCUUAAGGAUCAUUCCGUUACUUUGAGAGAUAGAGAUAGUACCAAACAAGUUAGAGGUACUUAUGAAGAUAUCGUGGCUGCUAUUAGAGAAAUCACUUAUUUCCAUGGUAAUUGGGAGGAAGCUACUGCUAAGCUUACUCCUUUUGAAAGUCAAAGUGAAGACGCUUAA